AUGACGAUCGAGCCGGUUUCUUUCCGGUCUUGGUUUGACCGUUUGAACAAGACUACCUCUCGAGAAGCGGUUUGCCUUGCUAUGGUUAUCUGCUGGUCUGCGUGGGAUUCGAGAAAUCGAGAAGCACAUGGAGAUACGUGUCUUCGAGGACGGGAUCUGCGGAAUUGGAGUGAAGAUUACCUCUCCACAUUCAGGUCGGCAUGUUUUGAACCCUCUAUCGCAAAGAACCCAGCUUCACAGGUACAUUGGACGCCGCCGCCGGAAGGAGUUGUGAAAGUUAACUUCGACGCUGCUUUUCCACCAUCUCAGUCGUAUUACAAGGUGGCCACGGUGGCCCGAAAUUCCGAGGGCACUACAAUUUGGUGGAGCGUCGCCUCUUUGCCCGGACGGGUUCAACCAGUUGAAGGAGAGGCCCAUGCCGCUCUUACAACAAUUCAAGGUGCUCGUGCACGGGGCUGGCCGUCAGUUAUUAUCGAAGGGGACUGCCGUCAGCUCAUCAUAGCACUCCAAGAUAAAAAUUCUUUUUUGUGUUCCUUUGGUGCUUAUUUAGAAGACAUUAGUAAUCUUACAUUAUCUUUCCUAUCUUGUCGUUUUUCUUUCGUUCCUCGUUCCUGUAAUAAGCUAGCUCAUGGAAUCGCUUCAUCCAUGGAACUGGCCACUACUGAGGGUCUCUCCCUUCCUUCUCAUUUGGCUAUGUUAGCCUAA